UUGUUGUUGUUGCUCUUGUUAAGUUAGUUUUUUAAGCUUGUGCAGUUAGUUGUGCGAUUUUGUAAAUUAUAAAUAAGAGAAAGUAAAAUGCAAAGCAUCGGAUGGACACUGAUUAUGAAACGUGGCUGCUUUUGCAGCCGAGAAACCCUCAACAUCAACGGCUCCCGCUAUCGAGUGAAAGAACGUCUCGCACAAGGCGGUUUCAGCCUGAUUGACCUUGCAGAGAAUACGACAACGCAUCGGUGCUAUGCGAUAAAGCGAAUCACUUGCCACAGCAUCGAGGAUCAGAAUAUCGCACUGCGCGAAAUCGAGAACUGCCGCAAAAUCGACUCGGAGAACGUGAUACGCGUCGUGGAUUAUGAGCUGAUUGGCCAGGCUGACAUUGUGAUAAAUACGACGAGCAAGUUGCUCAUUGUAUUGCCCUACUACAAACAUGGCUCGCUUUCGGAUCAUUUGCAAAUGCGAGCCCGCAAACAGGAUCACAUGCCGGAGGCGCAGAUUCUGCAAAUCUUCUUGGGUAUCUGCGAGGGUCUGCGCGCCAUUCACGAAACGAAGCCGGUGCCGCUGGCGCAUCGUGAUUUGAAAACUGCCAACAUCUGUUUAUCGGACACAUUCGAACCCAUCAUCGUAGAUCUGGGCUCCAUGACGGAGGCUCGUCUGCAGAUCUGCGGCCAAACAGAUGCCCAGCGACUGCAAGACGAGGCCGAGGAGCGCAGCUCAAUUGUUUAUCGUGCUCCCGAGCUGUUCACGGUCAAGACUUAUUGUACCAUCGAUGAGCGCACAGACAUUUGGAGUCUUGGAUGUGUGCUUUAUGCGAUGUGUUACUUCAAUAGUCCAUUCGAUCCCAUUUAUGAGCGUGGCGACAGCGUAGCUUUGGCCGUGCUCAGCGGUAACGUCAACAUUCCAGAAGAUUCCAUAUACACGGAGGAUAUGCACGAGCUGAUCAAGUAUAUGUUGCGCAUUGAUCCCAUGGAACGGCCUUUUAUCUACAGCAUCAUUGAACAGACUCACGAUCUUAUACAGAAACUGGAGGGCCGAGUGUAGCUUGAACCUCAAUUCCAACUCAAUCUAAGUACACCGCUAUACAUAACUGUUUUUUGACUACGUUUUAUUGUAAUAUAUAUAAACAUGCACGUAUUUUGUGAACUUAACACUACAAUUACACUAGACUCUAGAUUAAUGAUCAUCACGUGUCAAACCAGGGCAAUUGCUGUCCAAAUCUUCAGCGUUUUCGUAGUGAGUGCCACACCAAUAGCAGAAUUGAUAUGAAGUGCGUAGAUAGCUAAUUAGUAGAUCUAGCUGCUCCUUAACGCUAUACUGCUCCUCCUUUUCCUCUAGCUCCGCCUCUUCGAUAUCAGCUUCUUCAUCCGUUUUCUCAAUAGGCUUGGCAGGCCAGAAGAAGUCCAGUGCUGGCUCUGUAACUCCUGCUGCCAGAUCCAACGACUCGCACGUCUGCUGACAGCGCUUUACAUCGUAGAGUAGCUUGCGUUCCUCUGCCUUCUGCGUAGCUCGUCGUCGAUAUGCUUCUGAGCUGAGAUCCUCGCCUGAAUCAAUCCCCGCCUUACGCAGCAAAUGUGCUCGUCGCAGUUCCUGCCUCUUAGCUGCCAACUCGGCCAUGGCUGCUUCACGUCCCAGUCCACCACGAUCGUUUUUAAUGCUGAUGCCAAUGGGUUCGAUGCGGGCAUCAGCCUGUUUGCCAAGUCCACUACCCGCCUUGUAACCCAUUUUGGUCAGCAGCUGGAAGCCCUUGUUGUCUGCAGCAAGUGGCUGGCUUAGUGUCUGUUGGAGACGGCUAUUGUCAACUGAGGUCGCUUUGGAUGCUUCGCGUUGUCGCUUGUUGCUCUCCGCCUGCUUUGUCUGCACUUCAACUUGACGCUUCUUGACGCGACUGUUUAUUAAACUGGGACGUACCUCCUGUAGCCUAUUUUAAGUUGUGUAAUGUUAGCAAAUUCAACAGAGCAGCUUAAAUCCAUUGCAUACCCAGAUAAGAACUUGUCUGACAUGUAGUCAUCUUCUUCAUCGGACAUUGCAGAAAAUAAUAGGCGAAUAAAAUUGUAAACAAACCGCUGAACAGAUGCUUAACACUGAACUGUAAUACGCACUAUGAAUUGCUAUCGAUAAUUGCGAUUGUUGUAUCGAUAGUCCAAUGGGAUCAUUAUCAAUAAAUAUAAGUGUUUAGUAAUUAUUUAAAUUAUUAUGGUGAAAAAAACAAAUCCAAAAUAAAAUUAAUUGAAAUAAAAUAAUUAAUUUAUUAAUAAUAUAUGACAAAUAAUGAAACUAUCGCCUUGAUCUGCCAUCACUAUAUAAAUGCAUCUAGUGGCAACCUCGCAGUCCCAUGUGCUCGCGUGUGUUCGAAUUGUUAGUAAAAUUAUUAAUAAAAUAUACGAUUUUUUAGCUUAAAAUAAAAUAAAAUGGGCACU